UUAAUAAUGGCCAUUCGCGCGAUCCUGAUUGGUCAAUACUCGCUCGUGCGCGUUGCUGCUUUUUCGCAAACGGUGCAAGCAGGCUCCGUGCGCUGUGCUCUGUGUUCAGUCGAGUUCAAUCGUCUGCCGAAGAAAGUAGCCAGCUGGCGGAAGCUGAAGAAACGUGAAGUGACCUCUCUUCGUCAGAAAUCGUCAUUAUGGCCACGCUCACGAUCAUCCUUGUAUACUGGCUCGAAACUCACAUCGGCAGUCGAUACCAUUGUUUGAUUACCUUGGUCUUCACAGUUCUACUGACGCCCUAUAAGUCUCUCGGCCAGAGUUUGCAGAUGUGCGCAGACGGAGUUGCCAGUUUGACAGGACUUGCUGGUAUUGUUGAUGCGUUGAUGACGCCGCGCAACAGAUUUUCCGGCUUUACCAUGGCUUUCCUUGUAUUCGACCUCGCUGCCUUUGGCCUUUCGUUUACAUCUCUAUCUGUGAUCGUCGUUCGUAUUUCCACAAACGUAGGGAUGCCACUGGAUGGUGACAAGUCUAAUUCGGUACGUAUUGUCUGUACUUUCACCGGUACUGUCCUUUCCUAUUUCUUUUUCUCUGCUGAACACUAUGUUGCACUACUGAAAUGUUAAUUACUAUUUUUCUACGUUACUUUUGUUUUC